GAUGCAGUAGCGAUGGAACCCGGCUUCCUUUUUCAAGAAUCAGCGUGAGCGAAGGGAGCAGAGCCGCGGGAUUUUAGGGAGCCCUUGUCCCACUCCCCCUCCCGCGUGUAGGUAGCGUCUGGGAUGUGUGCGGGCCCCAUGGAGAGACGCUGGCCGUGGCUGCGGUGGCAGCCGGGGCUCCUACCGCGGCUGCAGCCGGCAGUAAUCGGACCCCGCGGGCGCGGGGAUUGAAGACGCGCAAGGGAGAGCGGCGAGCUGCGAACAAAAGCCCUCGGCGCGGGGCCCAAGCCCGGGACGUGCGGGACUCCACAAAAGGACAGGGCUCAGCCAUGGUGGACCCGGUGCCGGAAGAGGAAAAGGCCGGAGCCGAGCCUGAAGGUUCGGAAGGGGACGCAGCCGCCGCAUCUGUGCCCCCCGACGCACAGGGCGCCCAGCAGCCCAACGCUUCCUCGGCCUCCACCUCGGCCUCGGCGGCGGCGCCCCGCAACACUGAAGUCCCGAACGCAGCGGAAGAAGGCGGGCGGCGGGAGCAGUCUCCGCUGCUGCACCUCGACCUUUUCAACUUCGACUGUCCGGAGGCUGAGGGUAGCCGCUACGUGCUGACCAGUCCCCGCUCGCUGGAGGCCUGCGCGCGCUGCGCCGUCAAGCCAGUGGAGCUGCUGCCACGGGCCCUGGCAGACCUGGUGCGCGAGGCUCCGGGCCGCUCCAUGCGGGUGGCCACCGGCCUGUACGAGGCCUACGAGGCGGAGCGGCGCGCCAAGCUGCAGCAGUGCCGGGCCGAGCGAGAGCGCAUCGUACGCGAGGAGAAGCGGCGCCUCUUCACGCCGCUGGGGCCCGCGGCCACCGCCGCCUCGGUGUCCAGCGCGGGCGGAGGCAGCAGCAGCAGCUGCAGCAGCGCCAGCCUCCCAGCCUCGCCCGCGCCGCGUGCGGCCCGCAAGGCCUCUUCCAGCCGGUCUCCGGCCCGGACGCAACCACCGCCCGCGGCGUCGCGGGCAGGUAGGAAGAGCCAUUCGCUGGAUUCGCUGUCCCGCCGGCGCGAGGGCGCCCUCAGUUCCGAGUCUGGCGCGUCGUCGUCGUCCUACAGCGGGGAGAGCCUGAGGGAGCUGCGCUGGCCUCCGCGGGCCUCGGCCAGGAACAGCUGCCCCGCGGGCUCCGCGUCCUCCGCCCCCAACCCCCUGGGCCGCCCUUCCGCCCUGGCCUUGGUGCCGCUCACCGGCCGCAGCUUCAGCCUGGGUGACCUGAGCCACUCUCCGCAGACGGCUCAGCACGUGGAGCGCAUCGUGCGCCAAGUGCGCGCCGAGCGGGGCCUGCGCGGGGUGCCGGAUCGCGACCGAAAGAUCGCGGCGCUGAUGCUGGCGCGCCACCAGGAGGAACGCCUGCUGCUGGAGCAGCGCGCCGCGGCCCACGGCCAGUGGGAGCAGCAGCGCGUGCGCGCCGAGCAGCGGCGGGAGCGCGAGGAGCGGGAGAAGCAGCGCGCGCUGGAGCAGGGCCGUCGGGCCUGGGCCGCGCAGGUGGAGGAGCGGCGCGGCCGUCGGGGGCGCGAGGAGCGCGAGGAGGCGCGGCGGCGGCAGCGGCAGUGCGAGCGCAGCGAGGAGCGGCGGCGGGAGCUGGCCGAACGCCAGGGCCUGCUGCGGCGGGAGCGGGUCGAGCGCGCGGCCCAGGAGGACCGGCUGCGCAAGCUGCAGCAGGAGCAGAACCUGAAGCAGCGGGAGGAGGGCCUACAGGAAGGGCGCGAGCGGGCCGAGCUGGUCCGCAGGGAGCGCGCCCAGCGCGCGGCCCGCACCAAGCAGCGGCAGGAGGGCCAGCUGCAGCGGGAGAAGCGGGAGCUGAGCCGGGCGGAGCGGGCGCGCCACGAGGCGCUGCUGCAAGGCCGGGCCCGGCAGGAGCGCGCGGAGCGAGAGGGCUUGCGGAGCUCCCUGGAGGCCAGCUUGGGCCGCGCGCAGGAGAACUACGAGCAGCUGGUGGAGCAGCGCGCCCGCGAGCUGCGGGAGCGGGCCCGGCGGGAGGAGCUGCAGGGCCGGCGGGCCAAGGAGGUGGCCGAGCGCAAAGAGCGCGAGCACCAGGCGCACCUGGAGGCGCUGGCCCGGGCGGGGGAGCGGCGGCUGCAGCACGCGACGCAGGCAGCCGAAGAAGCCGUGCAGCAGAAGGCGCGGCGCGUGGGCCAGAGCCGGUUGGAGAAGGAGCGGGCCCAGCGCGCCAAUAAGCAGAAGGUGGAGAGGGAUGAAGACUGCCGCCGGCAGGAGCUGCUGCAGGCCAUCGGGCGCAAGCUGGAGCGGAGCGAGCAGCUGUCCCGGGAGCGGCGGAGCGCGCUGGAGACCGCCCGCUCCACAGCCCGAGCCUCCUUCCACGUGCGGGAGAAGGUACGCGAGGAGACCAACACGCGCUCCUUCGACCGCAUGGUGCGGGAAGCCCAGCUGCACGCCAGCCUGGACCGCAAAUGACCGCGGCCCUGAGCUGGCCAGGCGGCCCCGCUCAACCCUGCGCGGCCUCCCUUGGCCUUUAUGACCAGACUGUGGAAGUCUGCCGUCGGGGCCCAGCGCCGCGGCCUCGCCAGGCUCCCGACCAAUGAGGCAAUGAGAGGACAGAUAGGAGAGCUGUCAGCCCACGGCCUUUUAAAAAUCGGACUUCAUUUGGAAAUGACAUAGCACAAUCUUUAACCACAUCCCCUUGGUGGCUCCCGCAGCGGCCCUCGCCAAGCUUCCCAAUGUGUCUUUGGGGGUGGAAUAGAAAAAGAGCGGGGAGAGGGGGCCUGAGUCGGGACUGUUGCAGGGCCCCCGUAGGAGAGGGUGCAGCAGUGGCCGCCCCCUUCUGCAGCAGUCAGCCCAGGCACCUUCCGCAUGUGGGUGUCUGAGGUGACAUUGGUUACUGCAGCUGAGGAGGCGUCGCCUUGGCUCACCUCCAUCUUUUUAAAUAAUGGCAAGUUGCACAAAGCUCAGAGGACUCGCACAAAAGCACAGCUCUUCCAAGGUGUUAGACCACGCCAAGGGACCCCAAAAGCGAUUGGUUUUUGUACGCUUGACUUUUAAACUGCCACUUGAGCAAAUUCUGGUCUUAGUUAAGGUAGUUUUUUUUGGUUGAUUCCCAUAGGCUUUCUAGUUAGACAAUCAUCUGCAAAUAAUGAUCAAUUUGUCUUUUUUUCCUCUCAUUCUCCCAAACGACACAAGAAAUCGGUUGGUUUGGUGAUGCUGUUUCGCUUUAGUGGAAGCCCCCAGCCCCUGGGGGAGAUGAGUUCCCUAGGCAGCAUUGUUCCGCCGGAUUCUGCUUUCUUGCAGGGUAGCUUUGGGGGGAGGCCGUGUCUGAUGCCCACCUCCCAGUGUGGAGCCCACUCCUCGAAAGACAUCAGCCAUGCCUUACGAAGCAGAGCUACCUUAUGUGCCUGCCCAGGCUGAUCCUGCCUAAAUCUCCAGCCCUGGAUGCUGUCCCUGAGGGUGGGCCCAGUGAGUCUGGAGCUAGGAUUCCCUCGGGGAAGGAACUGUCCCAGCUGCCCUGAGGGUCAUCUCCUGUGGGGGCUGCUUUGCUGUGGAGAGUUGUGGUCGCUAUUGUUGGUUCUGUAGCUUCCCCUCCUCCCUCACAUGAGGAAAAAAGCGAAUGUUCCCCCUUAAGUUCCUGGUUCCCCCUCACCUUUGCUGGAAGUGUUGAAUCAUUCUCUCCGUGCCUCACCUUUCCCACUGGCCAGACGGGGCCAUCAGUAUCUUCUCUUGGUACCUCAAGGUCUUCCGGAUCCAAAGCACCGCCUCAGUAUUAUUUGUUGGUCUUCUUUGUGCCUUUCUUGACCUGGAGUAGAGAAGCAGGAGGGCUGCUGUUGGCCUAAUUGGUUUCUGGGAAUAUUGAUUCCUGGGCAUUGGAAGGGGCAGUGCAUUGCAGCAGAUAAUCAUUUAGCUUCUGGGGGAAAAUACUUGCAAGACCAGGCCACUCCCUGGUCCCAAAAGUCCCAUUCAGUUGUCUUUGGGCAACUUUAAUGCCUAGAGUUCUUUCUUCCCAUGAAGCUGAAAUCAGCCCCCUGGCCAUAUCCACCCACUGACUCUGCCUUCAUCACGGAAAACAUUACAUUUUACAUUAAAUCAGGAUCAGGAAAUAAAAGUUACCAAAAAAGAAAAAAAGAAUCAGGGUAGAGAACUACUAUAUUAGACAUGUUUCAUGUAUAUUCUGCUGGGCAGAAUUGUCCCUAAAAUGUCUGGUAUUACACACACACAUAUAUAUAUGCACACUCCAUCCGUACACCCCCCCCCCCCCAUUGCAUGCCAGCAGGUACAAAAGCAUUGUGUGGAAGGGAGCAAUACUUAGGUGUUACACAGGAGCUGUGCCAAGGUUUAUUUCUUGAAUGGAUGAAUUUUUCCCUCUAAUUUUCUUCUUGCCGGUAACCAGGUUAUCAGUGAGCUAGCUGGAAUAAAGGGUAUUGUCUGUGAGUCGGGGCAUUUGACUAAAAGGUUAAUUUGAUACUUACUGGUUCUUACCUUGUGGCUCCUGAUUUCCUAGAGAGCUUUUGAAACGUGAAUAGGAAAUUCCACGUAAAACUACUUUCUUCCAAAGUACCUACAUUCAUUUGAGAAGGACUGCAAUCUGGUUUUCUGGAUAACGCACUGGAAGGUACACAGGUGAUCUUACCUUGCCCUCUGUUCAGUUUGUUUUCUGACUUACUGAGUGACUUUGGGUAGAUCACCUCUCUGUGCCUUGGUUCCCCACCUGUGGAAUAGGGAUUGUGACUUUGGCCUUCCUCAGCACUGUGAAGAUGAAUCAGAAUCAAAGUGGUUUCUCAGCCCUAUGACUUCAGAACUGCAGGUGCAAGGGGCAUAAACAGAAAGGAUCAUGUGACCGGACUAUGCCCAGAGAGUAUAAUGUACUGUUGUGAUCUAGGGCCGAAAGGAAUGGUCUCAAAAAGCACAUUGCAGCUACCUGGAAUUUAAAUAAAGCUUAAAAAAGAAAAGCACAUUGCCGAUCAUAGUGUCACGUGUGAUGCAAAGGCCCAGGUCUGAAUCUGAAUGUCACCAAAUUAGAGGUUUGCACUUAGAGAAAAGCACUGUGUAAAGGAAAAAAAAAAACAAAAAACAAAAAAAAAAAACUUGGAUUCCAAAAGAGAGAGAGAGAGAUCCAUAUAGCUAAGUAAAAUUAAAGCAAAGACAGAAGCCAAACCUAGUCAUCAUAAAGAAUGGUUCUAAAUUUCAGAUCAUCCUCUAGAAUAUAGACCCAUUGCUACAUCCUAGGAUAAGUGGUCAUGUUGCCCUUUGAGGAGGGGCAAUUUCCAGAAUCCUUUGUUGGACUCUUCAUUUAUAUUCUCUUUGACGUGAUACCAGAGAGAAGUGGUUCCUAUUCUGAACUGCAGCAAGAGACAGUUGGCGGGUUUGGGGGCAUUGGGGAUAGUGGGUGGAGAAAGGCGUACUUCUCCUGAUGUAAACAUUCUAACAAGUGCCCAGAAUCGGCCUCAGAGCACCAUGCUGGAAGUUUUCUUACCAUCCAGGAAAUUGCAGCCCUGAAGUGGUCUCAGACCUUCACAUUUGCCCUCUUGGAGCAUCCCCGGACUCCGAAAAGAGAGAACGUGAAAUGGAGUAAGGAGGGGUGGGAAGGGUUGGAAGAAGCUUUUGUUUGGUUCAUUACCAAGGAAACAAGCAGGACAAAGCUGUUUCAGGUGGAAUUAUCGGUGAAGCUAGCCCAGCGUCCUGCUUAGGCAAUGACCAGUGCCUACACCACAUCUGGACAAGAAGACAGAAGUUUCCCUUCAGAAGCUCACAGACUGAACCUUCAAGGGAUUUGCCAAAGGUGAAGAGUGGAUGGAGGAGUGAAGGCAUGUCAUAUCAGAAUGCAGUUUGUGUUCAAGCUACUCUGUAAAGUCCACCAGUUAUCAUUCCUUCUCCUUUAAAAAGUCCCUUGAAACAGAGGGAUGCCUGACUUUGCAUAAGGAGCUGUAUAUUAUUUAGCCUCGAAUCCCCUAUAGAUCACAGUUUAGCACCUCACAUAUGGUUUGCAUAUAAAUACUAGAUGGAGAGAGGGAUAGAUGGUGGAUGGCUCGUGGACAACUGACUGGUGAUCUGAUGAAAUCUGUGAAGGAUAGAUCGGGUAGGCAAACCUCCUUUCAUUUGACAAAUUUGUAUUGAACAUCUGCUGUGUGCCAAGUACUGCUUUUGAUGCUGGGAAGACAAAGUCCGAUCACUGACCCUGGGCACUGUUGAUGCUUCAUUGUCAUGAACAGACAUCUGUAUGUCCCCUUUGGGCUAAACUACCUUCCUACCCUGGUAUCCAUCCACAGGUAGAUCUGAUGGUCCUUCAGGCACUAACUUCAAGCCUUUUUAGUUUCCUGGGGACACGCCAUCUGCCAACAAACCAUCAUUCAGUCCCUGUUGUUCCCUUUCCCUUGAUUAGCCAGGAGCCUUGAUUAAUCAGGUCAAAUUCAUAAGGUCAUGUACUUAAUCAGUUUUAAAUUACAGUAAAAAGAGAGAGUAAGAUUACCUUCAAGGGUGUUAUUUGCCAUGACAUUAACAAAGGCAGCAUAAAUAAUGAUCGUCAAAAAAGAAAGGUAAUGAUCAUCAACCCAAAGAAUGAGCCUCAGGCCAUGCAGAGUCCCAGAUCACUAAAACAGGGUACCAGCUUCAUCAUUCAACUGUUCAUGCUGAGACAAGAAGCUCAACAUUCCAGCUUAAAAAAGCAAUUCCAGCUUAAAAGUUUCAACAGAAAGAGAUUUCUGAUCAAUACUAAAUUGAUGAGAAAGGUUAGUGAAGCAAAUAUUCUUCUUAAGACUUCCAGGUGAUUGAGGUUGCCCGUAGGUUGCUCUGUAGACUUGCCUUUUCUCCACCAUACGACUGCUGUCUCCACCCUGCAUGUCCCAGGGAAACAUUUGGCAGAUGAACACAAGGAAACCUGGCAUUUCUUGACACAGCCUGGAAAGCAGCUUUCAGGGACCCAGCAGAUAGCUCUCGGUUCUAGAAAUGUUGUUUAGGCCCUAUAUGUGGUACACAUUUGGCUUCGGUUGUCUGAUGCAGCACCUGCUGUAUUCUGACCAAUCACGUGCUUUAAUUACCUAAUUGUAUAGAAGAGCACCUGGUCUGCUCACCUUUGUCCGCUGUUCCACGGAGUUCUGGUGCUCUCUCUAGGUGCACCUCCUCCCAGCCCAAUGCGUCCGUUCACAUGUCCCUUCAGGCUGGGCCCUGGUGCUGCUAGGGCUUCAAAAAUUCAGGGCUGGGACAGAGGGUGGAGUUAGUAGCAGAUGUUAGGACAUAGAGGGGAGGGUGGUUUCCUUUUGAGGAAUAGUGAUGAUCAUUGUUUGCACUGUUGUUACUUCUUGAUUCAUCAAAUACUGUCAUGUCCCAUAUGAACAAAGACUUGGUCCAAAGUGAUUUUUAAAUUAGCUGCCAUUUUGAAGUCUUCAUGCCUUUCUUCCUCUCCACUAGUACAGUAGUGGUAGCAUGUUUUUGUGUCAGACACUUGCACAAUUCAUAGGACUGUCAGACAGUAGACCCAUAUCUACUCCUGUGUUUGAGUGUCUGUAUGCGCGCGUGCACGUGCACACACACGCACACACACUCCUACCAGUUCCAGCAUCAGCGUUCUUUCAGAGGGAGGGAAAUUGUGGUUGUAUUCUUCCAGGGAAGGGUAAGCUCUGAGGAAACUUAGCUGCCCUUUGGGAGGAGUCCACUGAUGCCACCUACCUCCAGCUCCAGAGCUGCUUCAGGCUCUGGCCUGUAAGCAUAGUGUCCAUAUUUCCCAAACCCAGCAAUGAGCCAUGCGGGUGACAAAGGGUCUUCAUACUGCCACUACACUUCUCCUUUCCCCUUCUCAAUGUGACAGACUGGCUGGGAAAUGGAAUUUGGAUGCCCAAAGGUUGACAUUCGGAGCAUCUCAGCAUGAUGGAAUGACAAACAUCUACAAAGGUCUGAACAUCCAGUCCAUGCGGCUGCCAUAGCUUCAAGGCAAAGAGUUUGGCAAAGAAGCAAGGAUCUUGACUUAUUCAGACUGUUACCUACUGUUCUGUGGGCUCCUCUUGUCAUCUGUAAAAGGAGGACAACAGAUCCUACAUGGUAGGCAGUUGUUAAAUGGGUUAAUGCUUGGAAAGCAGCUCAGUCCCUAGAAAUAGCGCUCGAUUCAUGGAUAUUGUUAUUCUGAACUUGGGUGGAAAAGGAAGGAAUGAGGUAGGUUGAAUGUCAGCCAGUUGGUCCUAGUGGACACCAGGCGCCGAUGGUAGCCCUUUGCAGUUGUCUGUAUCUCUUGCUGUGUGGCAACCCCCCAGCCAACCCAAAGGAAGGGGCUCUGGAGUAUUUUCCCCUAGUGAUGUGCU